CACGUUUCUAUGUAUUAAUAGUAUUAUGAAAUCAUUGUUUGAAACAAGUCAUGACAUAAUGUCCAAGAAGUUGAAGACAAAUGAAUUAUUAAAUGUUGAUGAAAACUUAUUAAAAAUGAAAAUACCUAGUGACAGUGAUGAUGAAAAAAAAUGUCCAAUAGUCAAUGAGAAGAAGAAGAAGAAUAAGAGAAAGGAGGAAUUUUUUGUUAAAUAUGGUGGUAAAAAUUAUGAAAUUAGUGACUUUUUAAAAAAGCAUCCAGGUGGUAGUAAAAUUCUACAACCAUUUAAGGGAUUAAAUUUAGAUGUUGUUUUAACACAAAUUCCCCAUUCUGAAGCUGCUCUACAUAUUUUUCAAGAAUUCAUUGAGGAAAAUAAAGACGACUAUGAUAGUAUUGAGAGACUCAUUGAUUGGAACUCACCGAUUUUUUGUCAAGUGGGCUCACUGGCUGACAACUAUUGGAAAUGGGUGAAUCUACCAGUGAAUCGAUCGAUUCGUCUUUUUCGGUCAAAUUUUCUAGAAACUCUCACAGUUACACCAUGGUUUCUUGUGCCAAUUGUGUGGAUACCAGUGUCGAUUUAUUAUUUUUAUCUCGGCUGCCUAACGAAUAAUUCUGGUCAUUUGCUUUAUUUUUUACCGAAAAUUUUCGUUGCCUUUUCCUGUGGAUUAUUGUUGUGGACUUUUAUCGAAUAUAGUUUACAUCGUAAAUUAUUUCACAUGAAACCACCAUCGAAUUCUAAAUUUCUCAUUACAAUGCAUUUUAUUUUACAUGGAGUUCAUCACAAGGCACCUUUUGAUAAUCGAAGACUGGUUUUUCCACCUGUACCUGCUGCGAUAAUUACUUAUAUUUUAUUUAAUGUUUAUAAAUUAUUAUUUCCACAAAUAAUGAUGCAUUUCGUAUUGUCCGGUGCAUUGACAGGAUAUUUAUGUUACGAUUUAAUGCAUUAUUACUUGCAUCACGGUUCUCCCAAGGCUGAUACUUAUCUCUAUGAUAUGAAACGUUAUCAUAAUUAUCAUCAUUUUUCUCACCAUGACAUUGGUUUUGGAAUAAGCACAAAACUUUGGGAUCAUCUUUUUCACACUCUAAUUCAACUUCGAAAACUGGCAAAAUCAAUUGAAUGGUAAAUAAAAGUUUUUGUUUUUUUUUUUACAAAAAAUUAUUUUAUUUCAAUUUUUUUAAUAAUGUAUAGAAAAACAUUCGUUUUUAAAAAUUAAUUUAAAAUAUAUAGAAUAUAAAAUAGAAUAAAAAUGCGUGUCAUGCUUAGGACUUAUAUAAAUAGAGAAUAUGAUAAAAAAUA